CACAGCAGCUGCACGCGCUCACGUCCAGUGUUUGACAAAACCUCCUUGGUGUGACUGUGCGAGCAGAACGUGUGCGGCGGUAAUGGCUGCCAGGGAGAGUGAGGAAGACAACAAAUGAACCCCAGAGAGACGACUCACAGUGAGGACUAGGAUGGUAAGCAGCCAGCCGAAGUACGAGCUGAUCCAGGAGGUGGGGCGUGGCAGUUACGGCGUGGUCUAUGAGGCAGUGGUGAAGCGCACAGGCGCCCGGGUGGCGGUGAAGAAGAUCCGCUGCCAUUCUCCGGAGAAUGUGGAGCUCGCCCUGCGGGAGUUCUGGGCUCUCAGCAGCAUCCAAAGCCAGCACCCAAACGUCAUCCACCUGGAGGAGUGCAUCCUGCAGCGGGACCAGCUGGCUCAGAGGAUGAACCACGGCUCCAGCUCCCCACUCUACCUGGAGCUGGUGGAGACGUCUCUGAAAGGCGAGAUCACAUUCGACCCGUGCUGUGCCUAUUACUUGUGGUUCGUUAUGGACUUCUGUGACGGGGGCGACAUGAACGCCUACCUGCUGUCCCGCAAACCGAGCCGCAAGACCAACACCAGCUUCAUGCUGCAGCUGGGCAGCGCCCUGGCCUUCCUGCACCGAAACCAGAUCAUACACCGUGACCUCAAACCAGACAACAUCCUCAUCUCCCAGGCCUGCACGCCGGCCGGCUCGACCGAGCCCACCCUCAAAGUGGCCGACUUCGGCCUGAGCAAGGUCUGCUCCACCUCUGGGCUCAACCCCGAGGAGCCGGCCAGCGUCAACAAGUGCUUCCUGUCCACAGCGUGUGGAACAGACUUCUACAUGGCCCCGGAGGUCUGGGAGGGUCACUACACGGCCAAAGCGGAUAUCUUCGCCUUGGGGGUGAUUAUCUGGGCCAUGGUGGAGCGCAUCACCUUUGUGGACGUGGAGACUCAGAAGGAGCUGCUGGGGAGCUACGUGCAGCAGGGCUCAGAGAUUGUACCCUUAGGGGAGGCCCUGUUAGAGAACCCAAAGAUGGAGCUGCUGAUCCCUGCCAGGAAAAAGAGCAUGAACAGCCACAUGAAGCAGCUGAUCAGGGAGAUGCUGUCGGCCAACCCUCAGGAACGGCCCGACGCCUUUGAACUGGAGCUCAGACUGGUUCGUAUCGCCUGCAGAGAGCUGGACUGGGACACGUGAUGG